CAAAUACCAAGUGCCUUAUUUAGGUCUAAUUUUGUCAAUUUAUAAUCUCAUUGUUGCUAAAUUUAGCUAGGUAAUUUGUGCCUAUAUACGUGUUAGGGUUUAUAAUUUUUAACACAUCUAUUUCUGUUACUGUGACUAAUUUUAGGAUGAAGAAGAUUAACUUGAAAAAAGUCUUUCGAAAAUUGUUCAAAAACUUUUCCGUCGAUCAGUAUUCCAGUUACAUAUUUAGGAUUACGUAUACGAAUUUGUAGAGCAGAACAGUGUUAAAAUAAAGGGCUGACAUGGAAAAUACUCCAGAAUCCCGGCCCGAUGUGUUGGAUGUCGGACGUGCAAUGCAACGUUUCGGAAUAAUCGAUUACAUCAUGUUUGCAUUUAUGUUAGGAAUAUGCUUAAUUGUUGGAUUAUUUUUUGGUUUAUUCAAGAAAAACAAAAAUUCACAAGAGUAUCUAGUAGGAAGUAGAAAUAUGCCUGUUAUACCUAUUGCUAUGUCUCUAAUAGCUACUUGGGUUAGUGGCAUUUCUCUAUUAGGAAUACCAACAGAAAUAUAUGUCUAUGGGAUCCAAUACGCUUACAUAAUUAUCGGAUUUUUGGUGACAACUUUUAUUUUUAAAUCAAUUUAUCUGCCAGUUUUUCAAGGACUCAAAUUAACAUCAACUUAUGAGUACCAUCAAUUAAGAUUUGAUAAGAAAGUGAGAUUGUUUGGCUCUGUUUUGUUCACCAUUGGCAUGAUAGCUUGGUUACCUUUGGUAAUUUAUGUUCCUGCUUUGGCGUUUAACCAAGUUACAGGAGUUAACGUGCAUCUUACUACACCAGCUGUAUGUAUAAUAUGCAUCAUUUAUACGUCAUUGGGUGGUUUAAAAGGUGUCGUUUGGACUGAUGUUAUUCAAAUAGCAAUCAUGUUUGGAGCAAUACUUUUGGUUGUGAUUAAAGGUACUAUUGAUCUGGGAGGCAUUGGAAUUGUUCUUGAAAGAAAUUGGAAUAGCGAUAGAAUAGAAGGACCAAACUUUGAUCCAAAUCCCAUGUCCAGACACACUAUUUGGGCACUAGUUUUAGGUGGUGGUGCUUAUACUCUACAUAGCGCUGGGGUUAAUCAAAAUAUGGUACAAAGAUAUCUGGCUCUACCAACUCUAAAUGAUAGCAAAAAAGCCCUUUGGAUCUUCUUCAUUGGUAUCAGUGCAAUUGUAAUAUUUUGUUCGUACUGCGGUAUGCUUAUUUAUGCAACAUAUUACAAGUGUGAUCCUUUGACAACAAUGUUAGCUAGAGAAAAAGAUCAGUUGUUGCCCCUUUUGGUCAUGGAAAUUUUAGGAGAUGUUCCUGGACUUCCUGGAUUAUUUGUUGCGGGGAUUUUUAGUGCUGCUCUUAGUUCUUUAUCAACUGGUUUAAAUGCAAUGGCCGCCGUAGUUUUGGAGGACUUUUAUAAACCCUUCUUUAAAACUAAGUUGACUGAAAAACGUACCUACUUACUGAUGAAAAUGACUGUACUCAUUACGGGAACAAUUUGUGUCGGAUUAGUAUUUGUAGUAGAAAAAUUGGGACCAGUCUUACAGUUAACCAUGAGUAUUGGAGCAAUAGCGAAUGGUCCAUCUUUAGGAUUGUUUACCAUGGGAAUUUUACUACCAUGGAUAAAUGCUAAGGGAGCUCUAGUUGGUGGAAUGUCUUCUUUAGUAGUUAUGUCUUGGCUAUGUUUAAGUUCACAAAGUUUAAUAUCGUCAGGUGAUUUGACUUUUCCUGAAAAGGCUGUAUCAACGGGAGGUUGUCACUACCAUUUUACUCCAAAAUAUUCCAACAGAGGCUUCAAAUCAAUAAUCAAUUUAACCGAAGUUACUCAUACAGACGAGAAAUAUAUGAUAUAUCGAUUAUCGUAUCUCUGGUACUGCCUUAUCGGUACUAUCGUAGCAAUGGUUGUGGGUCUUUUGGUAAGUUUUAUUACUAAACCCAUGAACCCAAGAGAAAUUGAUCCGAGAUUAUUAGCGCCAUUCAUUAGAAACUUAAUAAAUUCUAAAACUGAUCCUCAGACGAUGGAAAAUGUAGCAGAAAAUGUUCAAAAAUUAAAUGGGCAAACUAAUGAUAAUUUGCAAUUAAAAACAUUAGAGGAACAGAGUGUUUAUGAAGUCAAUGAAUCUAUUAAAAAUAAUGGUGAUCUAAAAUAAAGUAAAUGUUGUAAUUAUGUUAAUAAAUAAAUAAAGUUUAAUUUUCUAA